AUGAAAAACUCUGCUACAGUUUUCCUCUCCUUGUCCCUUCUUCUUCUUCUUCAAACUUUCAACGGAGUUAAAGCCGGUUUCCUCUGCGUCGGAGACCGCUUCCUCAGCAACAGUAGCUACCGCGAAAACCGCGACACUCUCUUCUCCUCUCUUUCUUCCAAAGUCUUCACAAACCGUGGAUUUUACAACGCUUCACUCGGUAGAGCUCACGCUCUUGCCCUCUGCAGAAGAGGCUUCGAGCGGCAAGCUUGUAUAAACUGUAUCGAAAAGGCCAUUCGAGAGAUAAAAAGAAGCUGUCCUGAUCAAGUUGAGUCGUUCAAUUGGGACGGUGACGAUGCAGACCAGGUAUCUUGUCUUGUACGUACCACGGAUCGCCCAACUUUUCGGAUACUCGAUCUUGACCCACUUACGAACGACCCCAAUCCCGUUGAUCUCGAUUCAUCAACCAAGAACAUUACCCUUUUCCGCCAAGAAUGGGAAACAACGGUUAACCGGACACUCGAGGCUGCAACCGCUGAGAAUCCGGCAUCGGUUCUCAAGUAUUUCGGAGCUGUGAACGCAGAGUUUAUGGAGUUUCCGAAUGUCUACAUGAUGAUGCAAUGCACACCGGACAUAACUUCAGGGGAGUGCAAGGAAUGUUUGGGAGAGUGCGUUAAGUAUUUUAGAGAUUUUUCUUGGGGGAAAAAUGGAGGUUCGGUAUGUCGGCCGAGCUGCGUUUUCCGGUGGGAUCUUUUCCGUUUUUACGGAGCUUUCGCUAACACAACAAGAAUCCCUGGGCCUCCUCGACCUUUUCUACGUCAAACACAAGCAAACUCUGCUAGUGGCAUGAAAGGAAGAAUUAUUGCCAUAGUUGUGAUUCCUACAGUCAUUAACUUUAUUGUGCUUAUUGGUUUGAUCAGAGCUUAUGGUCAUAUGAGGAAACCGAAAAACGAAACAAGUGAAUGUGUAGAAGAGGAUUGUAUAUCUGAUGGUCAGUUUAUGCUACGGUUCGAUCUUGGAAUGAUUCUGACUGCAACCAGUGACUUCUCUCCUGAAAAUAAGCUUGGCCAAGGUGGAUUUGGAACUGUCUACAAGGGGAUGUUACCUAGUGGGCAAGAAAUAGCAGUAAAGAGAUUAAAAAGCGGUUCAGGGCAAGGAGAUAUGGAGUUCAAGAACGAGGUCUUACUCUUGACAAGACUCCAACAUAGGAACCUUGUUAAGCUUCUUGGUUUCUGUAAUGAAGGGGAUGAAGGGAUUCUUGUCUAUGAGCAUGUCCCUAAUUCAAGCCUUGACCAUUUCAUAUUCGAUGAAAAGAGGCGUUUGCUACUAACGUGGAAUGUAAGGUACCGAAUCAUAGAAGGCAUUGCGCGAGGUCUUGUUUAUCUACACGAAGAUUCUCAGCUGAGGAUUAUUCACAGAGACUUGAAGGCCAGCAAUGUUCUCUUAGAUGCUGAUAUGAACCCUAAAGUUUCAGACUUUGGGAUGGCAAGGUUAUUUAACAUGGACCAAACUCGUGGAGUAACAAGGAGACGCGUUGGAACCUAUGGCUAUAUGGCUCCUGAAUACAUUAGGAACGGAAGGAUUUCCGUCAAAACAGACGUUUACAGUUUCGGGGUUGUGCUUUUGGAGAUAAUAACCGGUAAAAGUAACCAGGACUACGUCGAAGUCGAAGCCAUGGGGCUCCCUACACAUGCAUGGAAGUGUUGGGUUGCGGGUGAAGCUGCGAGUAUCAUCGAUCCUGUCUUGAGUAGGAGCCAAACAAACGAAAUCAUGAGGUUCAUUCACAUUGGUUUGUUGUGUGUUCAAGGGAAUGUUGCAAAGAGACCGACCAUGGGUUUGGUUAUUCAAUGGCUUGGGAGUGACACUAUCUCGAUUCCUUUACCUACAACUGCUGGUUUCACCUUAGAUGCAACGAAUCAAGCCAAAGGUGAAGCUUCAUUAAACAAGUUAUCCGUCACCGAGUUAAGUGGUCGUUGA